CGCUGAGGCUGAAAGCAGCGGCGAGCUCUCAGCUGCUCGCAGUCCUGCUCAGUCCUGCGGCUGGCAUCGCUGCACUGGCGGCUGCAACUGCUGCCAGAAACUCUGCGUGAUUUUUUUUUUUCUUACUUUCCCUUUUUUUUUCUUUUUUUUUCUUUUGUUGUUGUUGUUGUUGUUGAAGAUGACCUGAACUUCGACAGAGCCUCUGCUGGCCAGGGAUCGGCUCAAGUGUGAGAGACACCCUCCUACCUCCAACACCACCAGCAACAUCAGCACUUGAGGGCUGCUCUGCAGAUGGGAGGUCACCAUCCGGUCGUCUGCUUCGCCCAAAUGUACUAUCUGCCCUCCGUCCUCGUCUAAAAUGGCUGUCCGUGGCCUUCUUCUGCAUCCGAACAGACUGGAGCAGAGCUGCGUGUUACCAUGGUGAUCAUUUUCUUGAAAACACUGGAAAAGAAGAAGGGUGUCAAUGAUGUAAGGUCCAAAAACAUCGAGAGACGGCUGCGUGACCUCCACACCAUGAGCAGAGGGACCACCCUCUUCUCCUGUGGAACUGUGGAGGCAGAUAGGUGGCUGGACAUCGGGCAAAGCUGUGCAAUCCAGCAGAGAACACCCUGCCAGUCUGGUGCCAGUCUGGAGAGCCUGUGGGAUGUGAUGCCAGAGCCGGGGAGCUGGCACUGGGCCAAGGAGCCAGGCAACGCCACAGCAAUCACCAGUCUGAUAAGAGAUCUCAGCCUUGGAGAUGGCAGCAUCGCCAGCCCCAACUCCCUCACCACGUCCACCACUGCACACUACACCACUACAGCCACCAGCCAAGCUCCCACGGCACCCCCGAGCAAACGUCAGUGCCGCUCGCUGUCGUUUUCUGAUGAAUUCAGUGGUUUCCGCUCAUCUUGGAGGCCUCAAGGCUCCCGGGUGUGGACGACGGUGGAGAAACGAAGGUGCCACAGUGGAGGAAGUGUCCGAGGAGGAGGAGGCUUCUCCAGCGGUCAUUUUCCCACCAUGCAGCGUAGCUCCAGCUUCAGCUUGCCCUCUCGCUCCAGCUUCCCUUUAGAUGGGACCCUAGACCUGCCAUUCUUCAACCAGCGACUGCCUCUCCACCCUCAAUUCACUGCCUCUCCAGUCUCCCCUACCUCUCCUUCCUCGCAUCAUCACCACUCCCACCAUCACCACUUCCUCAGGCCGCUGUCCCUCUCCCAUGAGCAGAUCAGUCUGCCGGAGCUCCAGAGGGAAGAGGCAUCGGAGGCCAGCUCUCCAGACUCCACCCCAGAAUUGGGGAGACGUGCCGGCCAGAGAACUGGGGGCACGGGGUGUCUGUCUCGAAGCAGGUCCCAGCCCUGCGUGCUAAACGACAAAAAGAUUGGUAUGAAGCGCAGGAGACCAGAGGAUGCCCAGGAGCAGCGACCCUCCCUGGACCUGGCAAAGAUGACUCAGAAACUUCAGACUUUUCAGAGCUUGAGCUGCCCCGGAUUCUCAGCCACAGACAGCUGCCAAUCAAGCUUACCCCCUCCUACCUAUGAGACCUCCGGCCAACCAGAUUCAGACUUCACUGCUAUGCCCGAGCUGGGACUGGAGUCGCGGCAGGACGUGGUGGUAGAUGACGAGGAAGAGGAUUCAUCUUACGAGGAGCUGGAUAGCGACUCUGCUUGUAGCGUAGACUCACGGCCCGGGUCUCCUGUAGGCAUCGCGGGCGGUAAACGCACCCUCUGGAAGGGUGAUUGCGGGACACAGAGGGACAUUUUCCAGCUCGGGGGAGAGCUGGAUCUUGACCAGAUUGAGAGAAACUGAACAUUUUAUAGGAGAUUUUAAAAGACCGUGUCUGGACUGUUGUAGAACGUUAUUGGACAUUGAUGAUGUACCAAGAGAAGACUUGAGAAGGGCUGCGAGAAAGAGUGGAGGAUGUGUUUGAUUGAAUUUGAAAGGGAAAGAUGAGGAAAGUGAUAUAAAGGAUUAAGUACGUUGUUAACGGCUGGCUUCUUAAUGACACAUUUGCCUUGAACAUUCUUACUGUUUGAAUCAAAAAGCAGUGACUUUAGUUGUUUUUAUUGGGUAUUCAGCUUAACUCAGGAGUAGGAAAGUGAGGGUUAGUCUUAAAAGCCCCCACUGUCUUUUCAACCUGAUGACCUUUCCAAAGUCAGCUAACCAUAGAUUUGUAGUACUGUAGCAGUAGCUGGGCUCUCCUGUAUUUAGCUCAUGUUUUUUUUUUCAGAGAAAGUGGGGGCAUCAAUGAUGGGGUGAAACAGGGAGGCGUAAACCACACUUGAAAAUCUGAUUUGUUUUUUGGGGGUUUUUUUGCUGAAUGUAGGCUCAAUAAGCUUUAUGAGGAGUUCGGAAAAUGACAGUGCCUUGUUUUGGAUGCUUGCUCACCGUGUUCUCUUCAAGAAUCUAGCCUCAAUCGAAGCCACCUUUUCUGACCUUUUUUUUUUUUUGUAGUUUCCUAAUAUGCAAAUUGUAUAUUUGAAUUCAACACUGAAUCUCAAGUUUUCAGUUCUAAUAUCAAUGUAUAUUUUUCUAAGUAACUGUUUUUUUUUUUGUAUGAGCUGUUUGUGAAGGAGAACGAAUACAAGGCCUUUCUUCUAACAGAAUGGACAUGAAAUAAAUUUACAACCUGCA